GAUGUUGUAUUUCCGCGAAUCUGGCAACCCGCGCAGUCGAGGAAGCUGCUCGUUAAUGUGGCUUCAAAAUCUCCCAAAUGCUUCAUCACAACUAGUUCUUUAUUAGCUCUAGACAUUCCUCAGAGGAUAGUCAAAGCAUUGAAAUCGAUAAGUGAAAGCAUAGUCGGGUUUCAGCGUAAAUAUCGCUUUAUCGAGCUGCGCAGAGAAAAGGCCAUACCGACUCCGAGUUUUUCUGCGUGUGUUCCAGAAGCUCGGCCUCUCCGAGAGGCUUGUGUUGAUGCACAGAUGAUCGCAGAUCUUGGGCGUCCUGAUGACGUGCUGUGAGACCAUGUCCCUGCGGAGCGUCACGACUGAUCUCCAGCGCCGCCAGAUCCGGGAGAACCGGGCUCUGGACUUCCAGAGACACUAUCAUGUGACCGACCCGUUUAUAAAGCGUCUGGGGCUGGAGGCGGAGCUACAGGGUCACUCUGGCUGUGUGAACUGUCUGGAGUGGAAUGAGAGAGGAGAUCUCCUGGCCUCGGGUUCGGAUGACCAGCACGCCAUCAUCUGGGAUCCGUUCCGGCACUCCAAGCUCAUCACGAUGCACACGGGACACGCAGCCAACAUCUUCUCCGUGAAGUUCCUGCCUCACUCCGAGGACCGGAUCUUAAUCACAGGAGCCGCCGACACCAAGGUGCACGUGCACGACCUGACGGCGAAGGAGACCACUCACAUGUUCUCAGACCACACCAACCGCGUCAAGCGCAUCGCGACGGCACCCAUGUGGCCCAACACCUUCUGGAGCGCCGCGGAGGACGGACUCAUUCGGCAGUAUGAUCUGAGAGAGAGCAGUAAGCGCUCCGAGGUGUUAAUCGAUCUGACGGAGUACUGUGGGCAGCUCGUGGAAGCCAAGUGUCUGGCCAUUAACCCUCGAGACAACAACUACCUGGCUGUGGGGGCCAACGGACCCUUCGUCCGGCUCUACGACAUCAGAAUGAUCCACAAUCACAGGAAGUCUAUGAAUCAGAGCAGCUCAGCCGGAGUUCAUACGUUUUGUGACCAGCAGAAAUCGAUCCCGGACGGCGCUGGACAGUACUACGUGGCAGGUCACUUACCCGUGAAGCUUCCGGACUAUAACAACAGGUUACGAGUUCUGGUGGCCACGUACGUCACCUUCAGUCCUGACGGCACCGAGCUGCUGGUGAACAUGGGAGGAGAGCAGGUUUAUUUAUUUGAUCUGACCUUCAAACAGAGGCCUUACACAUUUCUGCUGCCCAAAAAAUGCCACGCGUCAUCAGCAGAGGUACAGAAUGGGAAGACCACCAAUGGUGUGACCAAUGGGAUUCAUCUUCCUGCUAGCCGCCUCAAACUAGCUAAAGUCUCCAGUGAUCUUCCUCCUCAUCUGGAGCGGAUCAAGCUACAGGCUAACGAAGCGUUCGCGCGCCAGCAGUGGACUCAAGCCAUCCAGCUCUACAGUCUGGGCAUCCAUGAAGCCGGACACAACGCCAUGCUGUACGGAAACCGCGCCGCCGCGUACAUGAAGAGGAAGUGGGACGGAGAUCUGUACGACGCGCUGCGUGACUGUCUGAAGGCCUUGUCUCUGAACCCGGCUCAUCUGAAGGCACACUUCCGCUUAGUGCGCUGCCUGUUCGAGCUCAAGUACAUCGCCGAGGCUCUGGAGUGUCUGGAUGACUUCAGGAGCAAGUUUCCGGAGCAGGCGCACAGCAGCGCAUGUGACGCGCUCGACAGAGACAUCAAGGCGGCCCUCUUCUCAAAAACAGACUCCUCUGACGACAAGAAGGGGAACAGCUCCGUCCGCUUCCAUAACUUCAGCCGGAAGGAGUCCAUCCCGGAGGAUGAGAUCGUGCUGAGAGAACGCAGCUUCGACUACAAGCAUCGCUACUGCGGACACUGCAACACCACCACGGAUAUUAAAGAAGCCAACUUCUUCGGGAGUAAAGGCCAGUACAUCGUGAGCGGUUCAGACGACGGCUCGUUCUUCAUCUGGAACAAAGAGACGACGAACCUGGUGCGGAUCCUACAGGGGGACGAGUCUAUAGUGAACUGUCUUCAGCCGCACCCCAGCUACUGCUUCCUGGCCACCAGCGGCAUCGACCCCGUGGUGCGGCUCUGGAGCCCCAGACCCGAGUCGGAGAACGAGAACUGUCGGGUGGUGGAGGACAUGGAGGGUGCAGCCCAAGCCAAUCAGAAGCGCAUGAAUGCGGAUCCGCUGGAGGUGAUGCUGCUGAACAUGGGUUAUCGUAUCUCCGGUCUGAGCAGCCGAGGCACCGAGGGAUCUGAUGAUGAGGAGAGCUCGGAGAGCCAGGUUCAGUGCCGCUCCAGCUAGAGCCGUCUCCACAGCUCACCUUCCUCAAAGCACUUUGCGAUUUCAGUUCUUCGACACGAAGCUGAGUGAAUGAAUGCUGCCGCUCCGCACUAUGCAGAUAGAAGUGAGAAACCCACCUUCCCUCUUUCAGUUUCCCUUCGCAAAGUCAAAGCACUUACAGAUCAGUAUCCACAGCACAUUCAGUGUGCCGUCAGGUUAAAGCUCGUUUCCAAAGUUGCACAGCGCUUGGGUCUUUCUAAUGCGGGGCUUGCUUGUGGACGCGAUUUUUGUCUCGUUUUGUUUCUUUCCCGAAUGAUCUCGAUGAUCUCUGAGCGCCAGAGGACAGAAACUGAGUGUUAUUGUUCAUAGAGAUAUGUUUGUAGGUCUGCAGCACUUUCAUUUGGAAUUUAUUCUGGAGAAUAAACAGUGUUUCUGUUCGACCCAGACUUGCAUUGUGAAUGUUUAUCAAGUCAGGUUUGCUGGGACUGAAAAUGUUUGUUGUUGUUGUUGUUGAUGAUGAUGAUGAUGUUCUUAAGGGGGUUUGUUGUGGGGUUUUUUUUUUUUUUACCUCCUUCAUCAUCGCGAGCAGGACAUGAAUCUUCAUCGACGUACCUGAGAAGACAAGAAUAAAGACACAGUGUGCUAUGAGAAGAUGAGAUUUAACAGCAGUAAAAGAGACUAGAAUUGGGUCUAUUUUGUGAUAUUUGUGUCUGUUUCACUGCAGUCAUAUUUCAGUAUAGUUUAGUGCAUCGUAAAAAAAAAAAAAAAAGACAUUUAAAGUUGUGCAGCAGCUCUGUUGUUGCUGUCAUGAGCAUUGCUGGGGGUUUUCAAAGGAAAACAUUGUAUUAUAUGAAAA